CAAUCGCAAUCGUCCGAUUCACCGGUCCAAUUCCCGAUUCGUGAAACCAUGCCUCUGAGGCUUUGAGAGCGAAGACUCGAGAGUUUCGCAGCGGUCAAAUUUAAUAGGGUUUCCAAGGGUUUCUCUUCGCAACCACGAAGCACGAGCUCCGGGAAGAUUGCAAUACAAUGCAGAGCAUUAGGAGUGCUAUUUUGGGAUAUGUGAGGAUUGGCACCACUCGUAGACAAUGGUUAUGUGCAGAAGAUGGGAAUGCACUGAGCAGAUUAAGACACCACACAUAUGCAUCAUCGUGUACUAGUUCCGAUCAGUUAAUGGCCCGGGUGAUUGGACUGGUGAAGAAAUUUGAUAAGAUAGAGUCAAACAAGGUUACUGAAACGGCAGAUUUCCAAAAGGACUUGAGCCUGGACAGCUUGGAUAGGGUGGAACUUGUGAUGGCUUUUGAGGAAGAAUUCUCAAUUGAGAUACCUGAUGAAGAAGCAGAUAAACUUACUUGCUGUGUUGAUGUAGCCAAAUAUAUAGCAUCCAGAACCAAGCAGAACAUUGCAGAAAGUUCCUGAUUACAAAGUGUGAUUCUGGUGAAUAUCGUUUCACUCAUGCUUGGUUUUCACUUGGUUUACAACGUCAUUUGGCAUAUAGAUAAAGUUAGAUCAGCUGCUUGACAUUUCAUUGUGAAUGAAACAACAUUCCUUUUUUGGUCAUUGGAAUAGUGAAUAUGACAACUAUGGAAGUUACCUACACAUCUACCUUUUUUUGGGUGUGGAGGUGAAUAAUUUUUGUAUUGUAACAUUAGUCCUUCCUUAUGGAUCAAUUCUUUACUCAGGUUGGUGGUGCUGGAAGCUUGAGAACAGGGAAUUAAUGGAAGUGAAUUUUAUGUUA